UAUUUCAGUGUCAGUGAUAAAUCUCUGUUUAGGCCACAAAAAUGUAUAACAUCCAGAAUACUGAAUUUUAAUUGUAGACUAGAUAGAAUGAUAGACAAGGAUCCUCCAGGAAAUGUACACUGCGGUGAUAUUAAGCAUCGGCUUGGUUAUUAUAUUGGCUCUACUCUUCUAUAAGCGGUCAUGGAAAGAGGAGUGCCCGCGUACGCACGUAGAGCCGACCUACACACCUAGUGCGCCAGUGCAAUUAGUGCACCGGCUGUGCCCUCAUCACAACGUGGUGCAGCGCUUCGCCGUCGAACAGAAGGACAGCCUCGACGAUCAUCUAGAUGCGCUCACUCGGAAACUUGCUGAGAAGGAGGGCAAACUGCGGAUCUCCAAAUCGAAGAUCCGCGAGACCCAAAACGAGAUCGACAACCUGCACGCAAUAGACCAUCACGUGCGUCAGAAGUAUCGCGACGUCAUGGAAUCUCUCCGCUCCGACUUGCUCAAUAAUGAGACAGAAUGCAAGCGGAUACAGGAUCAGAUCGAGUGGGUCUCGCACAGGAGGGCCGAGCUACACGAUGAGGUUCGACGAGGUCAAAAGCUCUACGGAGAAGCUACGCUCAAAUUAGCAAACAACUUGGCGAGUCUUCAGAAGAUGCGAGAGCUAAAAGUGACCGAUAAGCCGUUUACAAGGGGAUCUAAUGAGUCCCUCAUCCAGAGAAAGGAGGUGCACAUCCCUAACGCGUGCUCUGUCGCUUCGACUAUGAUGAAAUCAAAUCCAUCGACUCCUGAACCCUUUCCUCAUUUCAAUAUGUAACUCCGACACCUAAAAAUUAAUGUUUUGAAUUGGAAUUAAUAUUUUUGUAUCAAAUUUUUUAUUUAUAUUUUUCUAUUUUUA